AUGACUGAUAAUGUGGACCUCAUAAAUAAAUUCAAAAAAGUUCACUCUAUUCAAAUUGUGAGUACAGUUAUAAGUGAUGUUGAUUAUACCGGUGGUUUGCUUCCAGCUUCAAAGGCUUUCUCAAUUAUUGAAGGGGAGAAAGUAGAAGGUGUUAAGAAUUUGUUGCUUGAAUUCUCCAAUGAAGUUGCGGACAAUGAUGAAUCCGAAGUGUUGGAAAAUGCUAUUACACCAACCAAGCGACUAUCCUCGGAAUCGGAAGAUUCGAAGAUUUAUUGGAGCACACAAAUCGAAUUAGAUUGGCCUUCAGUGAUGAGAUUAACCUUUCAUUUACCUGGAGAGCAAAAUAUCAUCUUUAAAGUCGAUGAUGAUCUUGAGAAAAUCGUGGAAGAAGAGGAAGAAAAAUGUGAUAUUUAUUAUAUGAGAAUUUUGUUAGCUGUUCAGAGAGGUUGCACAGCAUAUGAGUCUAUUAGGACAGUUAAUGGAAUUACAUAUUCUAACUUCCAAGAUGCUUACUAUUUCAUGGGACUAUUGUGCAAUGAUAGAGAAUUCAUUACAACUAUUAAUGAGGUAGCUGAACUUGCAUCUGGUCAUCAAUUGAAAAAAUUAUUUGCGAUGCUACUGAUAUCUAAUAGCAUUAGCAACCCAGAGCGACUAAACAUGAUUGAUGACGAAUUGAAAAAUCUCUACCUUAUUGAGAUUGAGAAGAUACUCAAAAGCAAUGCAAGAUCUUUAAGAGACUAUCAAUCAAUGCCAUAUCCUGAGAUGUCUGAUGUUCGCCUUUUUCAAAAUAAACUAAUAGAGGAGGAGUUAGCAUAUGACACAAAUGACUUGACUCAUACAAACUUAUAUACGGAACAAAAGAUGACUCAUCAGCAAAGGUUAGUAUUCGAUGAGAUACUCAAUGCUGUUAUUACAGACUCUGGUGGUUUUUACUUCCUUUAUGGGCAUAGUGGGUGUGGUAAGAUAUUUAUUUGGAAUGGACUUUCUUCUGCUAUUCGGUCUAGAAGAAAGAUUGUUUUAAAUGUCGCAUCCAGUGGAAUUGCGUCUUUACUCCUACCUGGUGGCAGAAUGGCUCAUUCUAGAUUUUCAAUACCCAUUACAAUUACUGUGAAUCUAUUUGCAAUAUCAAGCAUGGAAGUUUGA